GACGAUAAAGGAACUGAACUUGUAUAAGAAACACAUCCGCGUUUAGCCACAGGGACCGAUAUUCAUGGUGAAGUUGAGGUUUAAAGUCAAAGUAGUUGCUCGUUUUCCAUUAUAGAAAAAAUGACUUCCGCUGAGAUGCACGUGGACACAUAUUUGUCGCGCAUCGGGUUUACUGGCGCUUCCUCGCUCAGCCUGCACGUGCUGCGGUCGGUCCACACCUGUCACCUGCUGUCGGUGCCGUUUGAAAACCUCACGGUACACAGCGGUGGGCGGGUUGAACUGGACCUUCCUCAUCUGUACCAGAAGAUAGUGAAGCAGCGCAGAGGGGGCUUCUGCUUUGAGAAUAACGGCCUGUUCUCGUGGCUGCUGUCCACACUGGGCUUCCAGGUGACCCUGCUCUCAGCUCAGGUGAAGAGUCAACUCACCGGUUUUUAUGGGCCCCCUUGUGACCAUUUGAUCAUCAUGGUGAGCCUUGAUGGGCACCGCUGGCUGUGCGAUGUUGGGUUCGGCGUCCCGGGCUUCAAGGCCCCCCUCUCACUGGAGAGCAGUGGCCCCCAGGAGCAGGGCCACAGAGUGUACCGCAUCAGAAAGCACAUCACGGGGAUGCACUUCCUGGAGUGGCAGCGAGAAGAGAACAGAGGGGUGGAUGGAGACUGGGCAGAGAUCUACAAGUUCACCCUUGAACCUCGUCUUAUGGAGGACUUUGCAGAGAUGUGCCUGUACCACCAGAGCUCCCCAUGCUCCAUCUUCUUCUGCAAGUCCCUCUGCACCGUCCUCACAGCGGGAGGAAGGCUCACCUACAUCGGCCGCAGACUGACCUGCAUCACAUUUCCUACAGAGCGAACAGAGUUGGAGACCACGACGAGGGAGCUUCAAGAUGAGGAGAUACCUGGUGUUCUCGCAGAGAAAUUUGGAGUUGUACUCAAUUCUCCACUCAUACCAAAGGACGAGACAAUCACACCACCGGCAGUCAUGUAUUGAUCAGCUUUACACCUUUAAACAUGGACAGAUUAUGAAACAAUGGCCCCCACAGAGACAUGGAAAAGGCCCCACCACCUCAAAACACGCAGACUUUAUAGUCGUUUUGUGUCUGUAGACUUGACACACCGCUGUUUUGUUUUUUUGUAUUCAUUUUGAGUUUCUUCCUGGUUGGUACUAGGGGUUUAAAUCACAAGACGAUAUUAUAUCGAUAUUAUUGUAUUUGCUGAUAUCACAGUUUAUGCAAUUUUGAUUCAAAAUGCUCAAUUAACAAUCAGUUACAUGUAUAUCAACUCAGAAAAAGCAAAUAAAGUAUGAUUUCACAAUUUUAUUACUGGGCACUUCCAGACAUUUCAAUGAAAAACAAUCUAUUUUUAAUAAAAAUAAAACUAGACCUCCUGUUCACUAUGAAGUGCCACAUCUCUCGUGUUUAAGCACCGUCUGAAUGUUUAAGGAGGUGUGCUUGGACGGAAAAAUGGUGGCAUGGUAUUUUCAAAAUAAAGGCGUAUCUCAAAGAUGAUAUGUAUCGAUGUUUUCACUUAGCAUAGAUGAUAUUGGAUCGCUCAUCAUUGAAUCUUCACAUCGAUCCAGAUUGAUGUAUCGCUACACCCCUAGUUGGUACGCGUCUCUUUGAUUGACACUUUGUAGGUGAGGGACCCGACACUCUGGCCCGCCUCGGCCCGGUCGACGGUCAGUAAUACAUCAAUAGGCAAAA